CGAUCGUCGGCUCGAUCUCGCAACUCACAACUCUAGUAACAAAAGCAGAAAGAAGAGCAACAGCAGCAGCUGGUCACGACAAGAUUAUCUAACUAAUCAGUGUAAAAAAUAAAAACAAUUGCUACACGUUGUGUUAACGUUACAAGAUUAAUUUAGUGAGAAGCUGUGUGGACCAUAAAACAAACAAACAACUAUCGGAUUGGCCGGCGUACAAUUAGAUGGCCACUGUUCACGCUACGAACAGGCAAAAUGUCACCACAGACACCGACUAACAAGUUUACAAACGUUGUCGGCUGGACCAACAAACGUAGUCCGAUCCAUCAUCUUACCACCACGCAAGAUGUAAUUAGUCAGGGAAAAUGCCUGUGUGGCGAAUACAUCCGCGCUCGACUGAAGCGUUCCGGUCUACUGAAUCGUAAAAUUCUGCAGCGAUUGCGCAGCACGAUGGAAGUUCCUAACUGUGUGGUUGUGAGAGAAACGUCUCCUAUUUUGAACGGAAUGGGCGAAGAACUGGAACGAAUGCAUCCCCGUCUGUACACGAAUGUAAGCCGCCAAAUUUCACUCGAACCCUGGGGCGAACUAACUGAACCAGAUUCGGUCUGCUAUCUGCUUCACGUAGUGGCUAAAGAUUUGUUCAAAACAGAAGUUACGUGGGGCAAAGUGAUCUCGCUUUUUGCCAUUGCUGGCGGAUUAGCCGUAGAUUGCGUUCGCCAGGACCACUAUGACUACUUGCAGCAGCUAAUCGAAGGAACUGCCGAUGUUAUCGAGGAAGAUCUCAGUUCUUGGCUGGUGGAGAAGGGAGGUUGGCUUGGGCUGCUGGAUCACGUGCAUCCACCGCAAACCGAAAUCACAUUCCUUGGUUGGAUGACCAUAACCAUCUCGACACUGUUUAUGAUCUACUUAAUUUCCGUUUCACUGAAACAUCUAGGCUCGAAUUACCUGUCGAAGUUUUAGGAGAGACCCCUAAACACUUUUUUUUUGUUCAAGAUCUGUGUUACAGUGUGCUGUUGAAUAUAACUUCACUGCUUGAUCUCUCCUUUCUUAGGACUAUGUGUAUAGUAACAGCAGCGGACAAUCUUUGAAGCCAUCAAAAUAGAACAGACCUUAUCUACUUUGUGCUGUUGCUCUCUACUACCUUCUAGGUACGGGGCCUAGUAUCUGUUACCGCUAUAUUUUUAUUCUCCGGUGAAGUCACCAGAUCCCUGUGCGAGAUUGGCGGAUUCUUCUUUAUCGUUCCUGUUCUGUUUUUAGAACCGCUAGCUGAUUCUGAUACUGGAAAUUCUUCUAUCUGUGUUGUUUUAUCCGCAGUUGCCAUACCCUACAAGUAGCAACACAUUCGUACUAUACACAUAGUCAGAAGCAAAUUUAAUUGUGAUCGAUAAUAUACCGGAUGACCAGUUUCAUCGAAAACUAAGCACCAACACAUAUUCAAUAUGUUAUGUACACAUACGCAACUAUACACUCAAGCAAUAUAAUAGCAAUAAAUAAUAUUAAUAAUAAUAAUACUAGGAUGAUAGAUGUUUUGAAGGGUGAGGACUUAGGUAACCAGGAUUAGUUCAAUGGCUAGUAGAUAUAACGUUUACGUUCGACACAAUGGUGCUCUUUUAAAAUUUUACUGUUGACUUAUAUUUACUUAAUUAUAUUUCUCUAAAACGUUCCAUUCGCAAUUUUGUAAGUGAUAAUAAAUGAAUAGCUCAGUUUAGAUUAUGGUGAAUAAAAUAUGAAUACCGAUUUA